GCGGCCACAGGGGCGGGUCCGGCCUCCAGCGCGGUCCCGCCCGGCGCCUUCCUCCGAAAGAGGCGACCCGAGCGCGGCCCUGCCGGCAGGGCGGGCGCGACCCGGGAGUCCACCUACCUACGGCGCGGCCGCGCUGCCCGCACGCCCGCCCGACCCUGCGGGUCACUCCCCACCGCGGCCUCGCUCCGGCCCGCGCUGACCGCAAAGCCCCGUUCUGUCCCCCUGAGUCCCCGCCUCGUCGCCGCUCUGUCCCUGCUGUGUCUUCGCUGGGUCCCCGCUCCGUCCCCGCUGUGUCCGGCUCGCGUCCCCGCUGUGUGUGUCCCCGCUCCGUCCCCGCCCGCCGACCCCCGGCGAUGCCGCGCGGCGCCACCUGGGCGCUGCUCUUGGCCGCGGCCCUGGGGCUCGGGGCGCGCGGGGCGGGCGGCGCGGUGGCCCUCGCCGACUUCUACCCGUUCGGCACGGAGCGCGGCGACGCGGUCACCCCCAAGCAGGACGACGGCGGCUCUGGGCUGCGGCCGCUCUCCGUGCUCUUCCCGUUCUUCGGCGCCGAGCACUCCGGCCUCUACGUGAACAACAACGGGAUCAUCUCCUUCCUGAAGGAGGUUUCUCAGUUCACCCCUGUGGCCUUCCCCAUUGCCAAGGACCGCUGCGUGGUAGCGGCCUUCUGGGCGGACGUGGACAACCGGCGCGCAGGGGACGUGUACUUCCGGGAGGCCACGGACGCAGCCACGCUGCGGAGAGCCACGGCGGACGUCAGGCGCUACUUCCCCGAGCUCCCGGGCUUCUCAGCCACCUGGGUGUUCGUAGCCACUUGGUACCGCGUGACCUUCUUCGGAGGCAGCGCGUCUUCCCCCGUCAACACGUUCCAGACGGUGCUCAUCACGGACGGCACGCUCUCCUUCACCAUCUUCAACUACGAGUCCAUUACGUGGACCACGGGCACACACGCCAGCAGCGGGGGCAAUGCCAGCGGCCUGGGGGGCAUAGCGGCCCAGGCCGGCUUCAACGCGGGAGACGGGCAGCGCUACUUCAGCAUCCCCGGCUCGCGCACAGCGGACAUGGCGGAGGUGGAGACCACCACCAACGUGGGCGUGCCCGGGCGCUGGGCGUUCAGAAUCGAUGAUGCCCAGGUGCGCGUGGGGGGCUGCGGCCAUACAACCUCAGUGUGCCAGACCCUGCGUCCCUGCCUCAAUGGCGGCAAGUGCAUCGACGACUGCGUCACGGGCAACCCCUCCUAUACCUGCUCCUGCCUCUCAGGCUUCACGGGGAGGACGUGCCAUCUGGAUGUGAACGAGUGCGCUUCCCACCCGUGUCAGAACGGUGGGACCUGCACACACGGUGUCAACAGCUUCAGCUGCCAGUGCCCCGCCGGCUUCAGGGGACCCACCUGUGAGACAGCAGAGUCUCCGUGCGAUGACAGAGAGUGUCAGAACGGCGGCUGGUGCCGGGCGGAGGGCGGCACCGCGGUGUGCGUGUGCCCGGCCGGCUACACAGGGGCGGCCUGCGAGACAGACGUGGACGAGUGCAGCUCUGACCCCUGCCUGAAUGGAGGCUCGUGUGUCGACCUGGUGGGGAAUUUCACCUGCCUGUGUGCAGAACCCUUCGAGGGACCUCGCUGUGAGACAGGACACCACCCAGUGCCCGACGCCUGCCUCUCGGGCCCUUGCCAGAACGGAGGCACCUGUGUGGAUGCAGAUCAGGGCUACGUGUGCGAAUGCCCUGAGGGCUUCAUGGGCCUCGACUGCAGGGAAAGAACCCGUAGUGGCUGUGAGUGCCGCAAUGGUGGCAGGUGCCUGGGGGCCAACAGCACCCUCUGCCAGUGCCCACCGGGCUUCUUCGGGCUCCUCUGUGAAUUUGAGGUCACGGCCACGCCCUGCAACAUGAACGCGCAGUGCCCCGACGGCGGCUACUGCAUGGAGUACGGCGGGAGCUACCUGUGCGCCUGCCACACCGAGCACAACGCCAGCCACCCGCUGCCGUCGCCGUGUGACUCUGACCCCUGCUUCAACGGAGGCUCCUGUGACGUGCACGGAGACUCCUACACGUGCGAGUGCCCGCGGGGCUUCCAUGGCCGCCACUGCGAGAAAGCCCGGCCGCGCCUGUGCAGCUCCGGGCCCUGCAGGAACGGAGGCACGUGUAAGGAGGCGGGCGGCGAGUACCACUGCGACUGCCCCUACCGCUUCACUGGCAGGCACUGCGAGAUCGGGAAGCCAGACUCGUGCGCCUCGGGUCCCUGUCACAACGGCGGCACCUGCUUCCACUACAUCGGCAAAUACAAGUGUGACUGCCCCCCGGGCUUCUCGGGGCGGCACUGUGAGAUAGCCCCCUCGCCCUGCUUCCGGAGCCCGUGCAUGAAUGGGGGCACCUGCGAGGACCUGGGCACAGACUUCUCCUGCCACUGCCAAGCAGGGUACACAGGACGCCGGUGCCAGGCGGAGGUAGACUGCGGCCCCCCCGGCGAGGUGCAGCACGCCACCCUGCGAUUCAACGGCACCCGACUGGGCUCGGUGGCCCUGUACUUGUGUAACCGAGGAUACAGCCCAAGCACCUCCAGCCAUGUCCGGGUGUGCCAGCCACAGGGCGUCUGGAGCGAGCCCCCCCAGUGCCACGAAAUCGACGAGUGCCGAUCCCAGCCGUGCCUGCACGGGGGUUCCUGCCAGGACCGCGUCGCCGGGUACCUGUGCGUCUGCAGCCCAGGGCAUGAAGGCACCCACUGUGAGCGGGAGACAGACAAGUGCCAGGCACAGCCCUGCAGAAACGGAGGCACCUGCAGGGACCUCCCGGGGGCCUUUGUCUGCCAGUGCCCCCCUGGUUUCAUUGGAGUCCACUGCGAGACAGAGGUGGAUGCCUGCAACUCCAGCCCCUGCCAGCACGGAGGCCGCUGCGAGAACGGCGGCGGGGCCUACCUGUGUGUCUGCCCAGAGGGCUUCUUCGGCUAUCACUGCGAGACAGUGAGUGACCCCUGCUUCUCCAGCCCCUGUGGAGGCCGCGGCUACUGCCUGGCCAGCAACGGGUCCCACAGCUGCACCUGUAAAGUGGGCUACACCGGCAAGGACUGUGCCAAAGAGCUCUUCCCACCAACGGCCCUCAAGGUGGAGCAAGUGGAAGAGAGUGGGGUCUCCAUCUCCUGGCGCCCCCCCGAAGGCCCAGCCGCCAGGCAGCUGCUGGACGGCUAUGCUGUCACCUACGUGUCCUCGGACGGCUCCUACCGCCGCACAGACUUCGUGGACCGGGGCCGCUCCGCGCACCAGGUCCGGGCCCUGGCGCCCGGCAGGGCCUACAACGUCUCCGUCUUCUCGGUCAAGCGCAACGCCAACAACAAGAACGACAUCAGCAGGCCCGUGGUGCUGCUUGCCCGCACGCGACCCCGCCCCAUCGAGGGCCUUGAGGUUGCCAACGUGACAGCCAGCGCCAUUUCAGUGCGGUGGGCUCUGCACAGGAUCCGCCACGCCACCGUCAGCAGCGUCCGCCUGUCCAUCCGCCGCCCUGAGGCCCAGGAGGAGCAGUCCACUGAGGUGGACAGGAGUGUGGACAGGUUCACGUUCAGGGCCUUGCUGCCAGGAAGGAGAUACGCCAUCUGGGUGACGGCCCUCAGCGGGCUCGGGGGGCAGGAGCACCCCACGGAGAGCCUGGCCUCGGCCCCGGUGCAUGUGUGGACCCGGCCUCUGCCGCCAGCCAACCUGACCGCCACCCGAGUCACGGCCACCUCUGCCCAUGUGGUCUGGGAUGCCCCCACUCCGGGCGCCUCUCUGGAGGCCUACGUCAUCAACGUGACCACCAGCCAGAGCACCAAGAGCCGCUACGUCCCCAAUGGGAGGCUGGUGUCCUACACGGUGCGGGACCUGGCGCCCGGGCGGCGGUACCAGCUCUCGGUGACGGCUGUGCAGAGCACCGGGGGUGGCCAGCUGCACAGCGAGCCCGCCCACCUGUACAUCAUCACCUCCCCGAGGGACAGCACCAACGGACGAUGGCAUCGUGAUGGCCUCCCCCAGAGGGCGCUGAGAACCCGCCCUGCCCCCGCACGCCUGCCCGAGCUGCGCCUGCUCAGCGACCCCAGUGUCCCUGCGACGCCGACCCAGGCCCCCAGGUUCUCAGAGCUUGUGGACGGCAGAGGACGAGUGAGGGCCAGGUUCAGCGGCUCACCCAGCAAGCGGGUCACUGUGAGAUCACAGCCCACAGCUCUGGUGCAGCUGGAGAACACGGACGCGGUCCCCACACCGACCAGCCUGGCCCUCCAGCUCCCCGAACGUGGCAGUGACAAGGACAUGGAGAGCAAGUCAGCAGGAGCAGACUACAGGGCUGACCACCCUCAGGGGCCUGAGGACGACGCCCCUGGGAACUGCUCAGAAAACCCCUGUGAGAACGGAGGCACCUGCGUGCCCGGCGAGGGUGCCCACAGCUGUGCCUGCAGCCCAGGCUUCAAAGGCAGACGCUGUGAGCUCGCAGCCUGCACGAAGCUGCCCCAGCCCUGCACGCGGCUGUUCUCAGAGACCAAGUCCAUGCCGGUCUGGGAAGGAGGCGUCUGUCGCCACGUGUAUAAGAGAGUCUACAAAGUGCACCCGGACACCUGCUUCAAGGAGAGCUGUGAGAGCACCCGCGCCAGAGCCCCAGACAGGAAACAAAGUAACAGUCCUACACUGAGGAAACCCUAAGCAUUUCCCAACCUCUUUUGGCAAUUCAGCCCCCUGUGACUCCUACCUCCCCACAAGGAAACUCUGAGCAGGUCUCAACAGUCUAGAAGAUGCUGGGCUAACCCAGAGACCCACCUAGUGACUGACACAGCUUCUUGUCAGCAUGACGGCCCUGGGAAUGAAGGAGGCAUUCUGGCUGGGCCAGGGCAGCUCGGCACUCAAGAAGCCCGUCUUCCCAGUGCUGCAGGAGAGGCGGGAGGCAGCCGGGGCAGAGCAGCUGCACACACAGCCUCCUGUUACUCAGAGGCCUCUGUAAACACCAGGAGCAGCAGAGCCCUGCAGGCCCAGGCUGACACUAAAGCAGAUCUUGGAAGGAGGAGGCUGGGCCCACGGGUGGGGCAGCCACACGUGAGCGGGAACAUGUGACCUCAGGCAGGUGGCCCACUCCCCCCACCGCCACAUACUCAGAAGAUGCACUCCAAGGCUUGCACGAAGUUCACCACCCACAGAUACAACUUGAGUGUGAAAUGUUUAUACUGCAAUAAGUCACCUGAAAGAGAAUAUAUUUUAUUAGAACUCACCCAAUAAAUCCAUUUCUAUAAAAACAAAUCAGAAAUCCUCAACUAUUAACUUAUCAAAUACUAGCUUUUAGAACACCUAUUCUGAAUACCGAUUCUUAGGUGCUUCGCUAUAGCUCAGACGGUAAAGAAUCUGCUUGCAGUGCAAGUGACCUCGGUUUGACCCCUGGGUCAGGAAGAUCCCAGGGCAACAGGAAUGACAGUCCACUCCAGUCUUCUUGGCUGGAGAACUCCAUGGACAGAGGAGCCUGGUGGGCCACAGUUCAUGGGGUCACAAAGAGCCGGACACGACUGAGCAACUAACACUACACUACGGUACUACUGCUGUUCUUAGAACGACGGGAAACACAAACAAGCAGGAACAUUACUUCUCUGGAGUAGCCUGGUGGGCUACAGUCCAGGGGGGCGCAGAGUUGGACACGACUUAGAGACUCAACAGCAUAACAACAAUUCACACACAACCAUUCAUCCAAGACCAAAGUGCAAGAACUCGUUUCAACAGAGACCAGGGACAGCGCAUCUUCAGAGGGGUCACGGCAUCGCCACAUGAAGGGAGCAGCCUGUAGGCCUUGGGGCUGAGCUGUCCCGGACACCAGGGCGCAGCUGGUCCUCCACAAGCCUGCCCCACCCCCCACCCCCCACGUCAGAGGGGACGAGGCCCACAGCUCGAGGCAGGGAGGGGCGAGCCCUUUAGGUCCUCUGGGGGCAACAGCCCAGAGCCACUGUGUGAAGAGGAAUGUGCACAAGUGCCCUCCUCCUCACACCCGGUCUGUUUUCUCUUCUAAGGACUCAGGAUGUUCCUGCUGCGUUCCAUCAACCUCACGCGUUUCUAAAGCCCAAGAAGAUGAGGUCUAAAAUCAGACUGAAAACAGCGUCCUGGCUGGAGUCAGUGGCCUGAGCAGCUUCCCUCCUCUGGCCUCUGAAGACAGUCGGCCAGGCCAGGCAGGCAUCAGCCACAGGCAGGGAGACCUCCAGGACAGACCCUCACCAGAUAGAGCCCAGGCUGCUCUAAGCGGGCACUGCACACACGUCUGCCCCGGGGGAGCAAGGCUGCCCGUCAGGAAUGCUUCUGCAACCUUCAGAAACCAGCUUUCGGAUUCCAACAUCAGAAAAGGAUUCUCCCCUUAGGAACCAACCACCAAACUGAGGAGGAACUGCUAUCUACAGCUUCCAAAGCAAAGACCACGGGGCUGGGAGAAGGCGCAGAGGUGAGGCACACUGGAAGCCCUUCGGCGGGCUCUCCUCCGCCAGCAGUCUGUGCUGACCGUUUGCAAGUAGUGACCCGCCAUAUGGACCAGCUGAUUUUGAAAGAGAAAAUGAUAGCCAACACUAAGGUGGAGCUUAAACAGUUUUCAUCUACAGCUUUUUCCAUUAAAGUCACAGUACUUUGGGCCUGUGAACCAGACGGUCACUGCGGCAACGACUCAGCUCUGCAGCUGCAGCACGAAUGCAGCCACAGGCGUGCGACUGAUGGGGAUGGCUGGGUCCCAAUAAAACUUUAUUUACAAAAACAGGCAGAGCCAAGUCGGCCACGGGCCAUGCUGAGCUCAGCCCUGGUCUUUGAGGCCAUAGGCUUCAGCCUAUCCCCAGGAUGACAAGUCCCACCAAGGCACCAAAGACCUCAAGGGUUUCAGGGAAACCUCAAUGUUUCAAGCCCACAUGGAAAGCCAAAGCAGCAUGUCCACCAAGCACAGCAGGGCUCCUCCCACAAGCCAGGCGAUGUGGAGAGGACUAGAUGCUGGGAAGGGGCUCCCUGAGGCCACAACUCAUGCAAUGCUGUUGGGGGCCACCAGGUAGUAUGCACCACCUUCCACACCCUCCUCCUUCACACGCCGAACACCGCAUCAUCCUGCCAGCCCGCUCUCCAGCACGCUUCCUCCCUGCAGAUGAGGUGAGGACCAAAGCCGGGAAGCCCACCUGACACCGUGCUGAGCGUUUAACAGCCAACCCAGGCUGGAGCUCCAGGCCCGGGCACCUCCCAGCGAUCCGGCUCCAAGUCAGCACUACAGCCCAGAAAGGCCUCCUUCCUUUCAACUUUUAUAAAAAACUUUUACAGAGUUAUAUUUUAGGCUUUUUACUUAUAUUAAAGUUCUGUGUGCAUAUGUCUGUGUAUUAUGCAUUCUGUCAUUUCCAGCAAGGACGUCUCUACUGUAAUCCCGAAGGUACCCCGUCUCCAAGGCCCACCUGGAGAAGACAGCAGAGAUCAGUCCCGGGGCCCCGGUGCCGGGAGAACCGAGGAAAGCGCACACGUACACACGCGCUGCUGACCUGCGCUGCGCCGGGCCCUGCCGCUGCGCCAUGGAAGCUGCGGCGCCAGGAGCCAACGGCGCAAUCACUGGGGAGUGCGUGGAACGCGCCACUGCCGCGGUAACAACCUCAAGCCCUCAGCCACAAGGCCAACGGAGCGUGCUCCUGUUUUGACCUUAGAAGCCUUUGUUCCUACAAGAAACAGUCUACUGAAUCCAGAGUGUGGUGCUGUGUUCUUAUGAUUAACCCCUUUUGAUGUCUUAUAAAUUAUAUAUCUAGUAGAAGACUUCCUGAUGCUAAAGGAAUUAUAAUCUAUCCUUAAAACAUUACAAAUGAGCCCCUGCUUUUGCCCACACGGCUCCUUCGUCAAACUCUAAUGUCAUCCUUGGAAAUCCUCAGAGUCCACCCAAAGGAAUGAGUAACACGGAGUCAGAAAACUGUCAGGGGCAUACACAGCUCUGUGUGGACAUAAAAGGAGCAAUCAUGGGCUGCCAAGGCAGUCUUGUGCUAAUCAAAAUGUGGAUCAACUGACCACACAAUCGAGCUUAAAUUUAAGAUUCUGCUAGCCCCAAAUGGGGAGCACAAGAGCAACACCCCAGGUUCCAGGGACAGCGCCAGCCACCAAAAGGCGACACAACACAAGAGCCAGGAAACCUCCUUCCCGUGGUCAGAGAAGGCAGUGAAGGUGAAACCUCCCUUUCCCCUGCACUGGGGCUGGCACGGCGCCAAUGGGGAAAGCUACGCAGCACCUCGCUGCCCCCCACCAGCACCCCAGUAGACAAGGGUCCACCCGGCGUCAGCCAACCUCCGCAACUCUGCUGGGUCGGAACUGCUGCCGCCGAUGCUGGACUCCCAUGUGGAGGGACUCACGGGCCACUGGCCUUCGCAGAAAGCAUCUCUGUGCAGUCGUGCUCCGGCACGAGCCUGGAGGCACAAGCGUCUGCUCCAGGUGCUAGUCCCCAGAAUAAAACACGGCUCCCAUCUCCCAACGACACCCCAGCACAGGCCGGAAAGGAACUAUCAUAAAAAAUCUUUUACAUAAAAGAGAAACAACACAAGCAGCCGUUUAGAAUCGUAAGCUCUCACUGAUCAACACAGGCGCGUUUGCUACAGGCAGGCUCAGCGCAGCAUGUGAGCCUCCGCCACUGCCUGUGGGCCGGCUCAGCCUGCUGUGGGCCUGUCCUGAGGCUGCACACACGCCCUCGGUCCUAACGACACAACUGACCGCCGAUGGUGCCGGGCGCUCCCAGGGGUCAGGCUCAGCCCAGUGAGGACUGCCACCCGACAGGACCUACAGUCUCUGCAGGAAAAAUGAAGCCAAGUGCCACGACUCUCAGGUUUUGGGCACAUGGCCAAAAAUGUCUUUUGCAGCAUCAAUCCUGUGCCAGCCAGCCCGUCCCCGGGGAAGGGCCCCCAGGACAUGGAGUGACCCCCAUUCCCCCCCUGCCGAGCUUGUGUCCCCAGGACUGGGCCUCUACCUCAGAGAUGAGCCCUGGUGCAUACACCCAAGCCCAUUCCCCAACCCCAGCUCUUCAAAGUUGCUCCUCAGAACCUCUGGCCUCCCCAAGGGGCCACCUCUGGUGCCAUGGAGCUCCCUGCAAUGAUACCAAGCCCAGACCCUGGCCCUGGCUCCAGACCCCAACACCCCGUGACCCUGGCAGGCAUGCAUUCUCCUCUGGCCUCAGAAGCCCCGUCUGGACCAUGUUCUGGCAUGCUCCAGGUCAGCACUCCAUAGCUGCCGGAGACGUCAGGACUAGAUGUGGCCCCUGGACCGAGCUGGCGCAAAAGCAGGUUCCCCCACAGGUCAGAGAUGGGCCUGUUGUUCAGAAAUGCAAAAAGCGUCCCUUCACAGCGCUGGCAUCAAGAAACUGUACAGGACAAACCACACGUCACCAGUCAGCUUUCUUUUACUCUGCUGUACACUGAACGCAAUUACAAAGCAGUAUUUUUUAUUUAAAAACAUGAGUAUUUUUGUGGAAAAUCUGCUACUUGUUGUCAUUAAAAUAAACUGUUGUGAUGUA